AUGGUAUCGAAUCAGAGUGCGUACAUUAAGGGACAUCUCCUGCUGGAAAAUAUACUCAUGGCCACAGAGCUUAUUAAAGACUACCAUAAGGACACAAUUGACCGCCGCUGUGCAUUCAAUAUUGACAUAUCCAAGGCAUUCAAUUCCGUACGCUGGGAAUUCAUUACUCUCACUCUCGAAGCUAUGGGGUUCCCAUCGCUCUUUAUCUGUUGGAUCUAUCAUUGUAUUUCCACUGCAAAUUUCUCUUUAGUGUUGAAUGGAGUGCUUGGUGGUUUCUUUAACAGUUUAAGAGGGCUUCGACAAGGAAGUUUUCUUUCUACUUAUCUGUUUGUCAUAGCGAUCAAUGUCUUGUCUCACAUGUUGGAUAAAGCUGCACGUCAAGGGAAAAUUAAAUUCCAUCAUUCCUGCAGCGAGGUCUGCCUUAUGCACCUAAGUUUUACUGAUGCUAUGUUGGUAUUCUUGGAUGGAUCGCCGGAAUCUCUCAUUGCUACUAUCAGUGUGCUCUCCAAGUUCGAGAAAAAAUCGAGUCUAGCAAUCAAUGCCUCCAAAUCCUUGCUUUUCCUAGCAGCUAAAACAUAUCCUUCCAUUACUCAAGCUGUAGUGAAUCUUCAUAUAUCUCCUGAAAGUCUCGUGAGAUAUCUUGGUCUUUCUCACGGCCAAAAUUAUGUCCCAGGUAGACUACAAACCACUCAUUGA